GUCCUCCAGAAUCAUAAUCUCUUUCCUUCCUCUCCCAACCCUUCUCGUCAGUCUCAAUUUCCUUCUCUCUCCCAAAUUUUCCUGGUUUCAAAUGUUUCCUCUUCUCACAACAUAAUUAAAAUAUACAGUAUAAACAUCAUCACCAACCUUAUACAGUAUUCAAGAUCUGAUUCUCAUGAACAUUCAAAAUCUCGUCGCAUAAAACUCUCAGAUCUAGGGCAAAAAAACUUACACAAAACCCUAAGUUUGAAAUUUUGACCUUGUUCUCUUCUCCGUAGAUCUCUGUAUAUAUACUUAUCCAUAUCUGUAUAUGUAUAUGAGUCUUAUAUGUAGAGUCUUUUAUAGAUAAAACAGAUAGCAGAUUGUGUAUGGCAUCCGAUCUUGAUUGUUAGGUUCGGAGGAUUAUUUAUUACUAUUUGUAUUUAAGAAUUCCGAGAACAAAGAAACUCUGAUAAUAAUAAUAGGCUGUGAGAUGGGGCAGUCGAUCGAAGACGUGGAAGAAGGUGAAAUCUCCGACUCGGGUUCGGUGGAGGAGAUCAGUGAGGAGGACUUUGUGAAGCUGGAGGCGGCUACUAAUAAUAAUAACAAUAAUAAGCCUAGGGUUUGGACGGUUCAAGAUCUGUACAAGUUUCCCGUUUCACGGAAUUACUCCUCCGGUCUCUACAACCUCGCCUGGGCACAGGCCGUACAGAACAAAUCCCUCGACGAGGUUCUGGUCAAGCAAGAAGAGAUCAUCAACUCCAACUUGAAGAGAUCGUCUUCUUCUUCUUCAGCCACCAACACGAAACAACCGAAUAAGACGAGUAAUGGUUUAAGUUUGUCCACGCUGAAGGAUGCGGAGAAAGUUAUAAUUGAUGUGAGUGGUGAUGACGACGAUGACGAUGAGGGUGCUGAUAAGGUGGAGAAAAGCAAGGAGGAAGGUGAAUUGGAGGAAGGUGAGAUUGAUUUGGACUCUGAGAUUGUGGUCAAGAUUGAAGAUGAUGAUGAUGAUGAUGAGGGUUUGAAGGGGAAUAAUGAUGGGGUGGAUGCAAAUCAAUUGGACAAUGAUGUGGGGGAUACAAUUCAAUUGGACACUACUGAUGGGGAAGAGAAUGAGGUGGAGAGGAGGGUUAACUCGAUACGCGAAGCACUUGGGACAGUAACCAUGGUUGAUGUGGAAAAAUCAUAUAAUGCAGUUUGUUCCCGACUACAUUGCCUGUUAGACAGCUUGCGGGAAGUGGUUUUUGGAAUUUCCACUCCUAUGGCCGAUGCUCUUAAUCAACUUUCAUUUACUGCAAUACAGACUGUGAAUUCUGUUUUCUGCUCCAUGAACGAAAACCAGAAGGAACAAAAUAAAGACAUUCUGUCUAGGUUGUUAUCUAAUGUGACCAGCCAAAACCCUCCUAUCUUUUCUCCUGAGCAGUUGAAAGAGCUAGAGUUAAUGAUCACACCUAUGGAUCCUCCAACUGUUUUGCCGCCUUUGAAAGGCAACAAUAAGGCAAACAACAUACAAUUCACUGAGAGGGUGAAUCAGAAAGACUCUGAUGCUUCUGAAAAUGCUAGUCAUGAUUUGACUAGUUCAAUGGAUAUGGAGUUUGAAUCUGCGUCUGUUGAAUCUUUGCAUCCAAAUGAUGCCAACACAUUUAUGGAACGAUUGAAAGUUGGACCAAGUAGUUCUAGGGGCAGGGGGGUGUUGCUUCCCCUGCUUGACCUUCACAAAGAUCAUGAUGAAGACAGUCUUCCAUCCCCAACCCGGACAACCCCAUUGCUCAUGCCAUUGAAUAGCCUAUUGCCUAUUGGAGGUGGAGCUGUUAAACCGGAAUGGCCUUUACCCCACCCAGCUGAAGACACUGUAAUGCAUCCUUAUGAAAGGGAUGCCCUCAAAGCUGUUUCUUCUUAUCAACAAAAAUUUGGUCGCAGUUCCUUCCUUAUGAAUGAACUUCCAAGCCCAACCCCUUCAGAAGAAGAUGAUGAUGGAGAUGGCGAAACUGGUGGGGAGGUUUCUAGUUCUUCCAUGGUCGGCAGUGUUAAAACUGUCAAUCCACCAAUUUUGGCACAAUCAGCUGUUUCUCCAUUGCCGCAUGUAGACAGUUCCAAAGCAUUGAUCAAUGCAAGUUCAGCACCUAAUACAACAUUUAAAUCCCCAGUGAAGAGUAGAGAUCCUAGACUGCGAUUUGCCCAUCCUGAUUUAGGUCUGGAUCUCAAUCAGCGUCUGUUGCCUAUGACUAAAAAUGAACCUAAAGCGGAUGCUGUCGUGGAAACAGCAACCUCAAGGAAGCAGAAACCUCCUGAGGAACCUAUUUUGGAUGGCCCUGCUCUGAAAAGGCAAAGGAAUGGACUGACUGAUUCUGAUGUUGUUAGGGAUGUGCAAACUGUUUUAGGAAGUGGUGGUGGUUUGGAGGAUAGGGGCACUAGUGGACCUCAGUUCACUAGCAGCAGGAGUCAGGUGGUGGAGAACACAGGAGGUGACCCUUGGAAAUUCGAGAGUGCAGUUACUGCCUCUGGUACUGGCAUGAUUUUGCCAAAUUUACUACUAAAUGGAACUGAGACCUUAUCGGGGGCAGGUGGGAGCACGCCUUCCUUGCAAUCUUUGUUGAAGGAUAUCGCAGGGAAUCCAACCUUGUGGAUGAAUAUAAUUAAGACGGGACAACAGAAGUCUGUUGAACUUAUGACAGGCUCCACGCAUACGCCAAGCUUGAAUUCCAUACUGGGAGCAGUUCCAUCCCCGAGUGUUCCUCCUUUGAAACCCCCAGUGCUUGGGCAGGGAUCUGCCGGAUUACUUCAGACUCCUCAAACAUCUUCAAUGAACUUGCAGGACGAGUUGGGAAAAAUCCGCAUGAAACCACGUGACCCUCGACGUAUUCUACAUAGCAAUAUAUCUCAAAAGGCUGGGAGCUUGGGACCUGAUCAGGCCAAAACAAAUGCAGCUCUUGUAUCGAGCUCUCAGGAAAUGAAGGGCAAUUUGAAUCUUCAGAACCAAGAUCAAGCAGAUAAGAAGUCCACGCCUCCUAAAAAUCCACCAGAUAUUACUUCACAAUUCACCAAUAAUCUGAAAAACAUAGCUGAUAUUUUAUCAGUUUCUCAAGCAUCGAUACCUCCACCAGUUAUACCUCAGAAUACUUCUUCACAGCCCGUGCAUGUUAACUCGAAUAGAAUGGACAUUAAAAGUGCAGUACAAGAAUCAGUUAAUCUGCAGAGUGGGACCAUUCCUUUGUCUGCGGAAGUUGCUGCAGGCCCUUAUCCACCACAGAACACCUGGGGAGAUGUUGAGCAUCUGUUUGAUGGAUUUGAUGACCAGCAGAAAGCUGCUAUCCAACGAGAGAGGGCUAGGAGGAUUGAAGAACAGAACAAGAUGUUUGCUGCACAUAAGUUGUGUCUUGUGUUGGAUCUGGAUCACACACUUCUUAAUUCAGCCAAGUUUUCCGAAGUAGAUCCUGUGCAUGAUGAGUUGUUGAGGAAGAAAGAGGAACAAGAUCGUGAAAAGCCGUAUAGGCAUCUCUUCCGGUUUCCUCAUAUGGGUAUGUGGACUAAAUUGCGACCAGGGAUUUGGAAUUUUUUGGAGAAGGCUAGUAUGCUUUUUGAACUGCAUCUCUACACAAUGGGGAACAAGCUGUAUGCUACAGAGAUGGCAAAACUGCUUGAUCCAAAAGGGGUCUUGUUUAAUGGACGAGUAAUCUCUAGGGGUGACGAUAGUGAUCUUUUUGAUGGUGAUGAGAGGGUUCCUAAGAGUAAGGAUUUGGAGGGGGUUUUGGGUAUGGAGUCGUCUGUGGUAAUUAUAGAUGAUUCUGUUAGAGUCUGGCCACACAACAAACUAAACUUGAUAGUCGUAGAAAGGUAUAUUUAUUUUCCUUGCAGCAGACGACAAUUUGGGCUUUUAGGUCCUUCUCUCCUUGAGAUUGAUCAUGAUGAGAGACCGGAAGAUGGCACUUUAUCAUCUUCUUUGGCGGUAAUUGAGAAAAUACAUCAAAACUUCUUUUCACAUCAAUCCUUGGAUGAAGCUGAUGUUAGAAACAUCCUAGCUUCAGAGCAGCGGAAGAUUCUUGGCGGUUGCCGCAUUGUCUUCAGCAGGGUGUUUCCGGUUGGUGAAGCCAAUCCUCACUUGCAUCCAUUGUGGCAGACAGCUGAACAGUUUGGUGCUGUGUGCACCAACCAGAUAGAUGAGCAGGUCACCCAUGUAGUGGCCAACUCACUUGGUACCGACAAGGUCAAUUGGGCUCUUUCAACAGGAAGAUUUGUUGUACAUCCUGGCUGGGUGGAAGCAUCUGCUUUGCUUUACCGGAGAGCAAAUGAACAUGAUUUUGCCAUUAAACCGUAAACACUCAUCACACCUCAACCAGAUAUACUGGGACCUCACAAUAGAACCCACAGUUCAAGCGGAAGUGGAAGCCCAAGCGUGGAAAAUAGAAUUCAAGGGUCGUAUUGGUUGGGAAAGGGGCUGGGCUUAAACGUGUGGUUGCUACCCUUAGGUUUCCCUUUAGUGCCCUUAAUGGAAAGCCAAUGCAAACGAGAAAUUUUUUUAACUCAGAUUGUCCAAUCUUAGCGGUUUAGGCUUUUGAUGACUGGCAAAAACUGAGUGGAGAAAUAGAAUGGAGGGUCGAUGACCAAUCGAAAUUUGGAUAGCUUGGGGCAGGCCUCUUUCCAUCUGGGGUGAUAUGGAAUGGCCUUGACUGGAUUCAAUUUGAGCGUUUCGGAGAUCACCGGAUGUAGGCGCUUUAUAAGAGCAUAUGUACAAGUUUGAUGAAUUUUAAAAUUUUGGAUUUGAAACCAUCCUUAAAAUUUCAAAAAUAAAACAUUUAACUGGA